CUGACGUCACUUCCGCCCCGUCCGCUGCCGUGUCCCGCGCAGGAAGAGGAAGGAGGGGGAGAGAGAGCUCGGGCCCGACACAGGUGCCAACAUUGGCCGGGAGAGCACACGGCCUCGGGAGAUGCGGGCGAGAGCGGCAGGGCUCCGCACACACGCGCCCUUAGUUCCUGCGGGAAGCUCUGGCACAAGCCAGCGUCCGACUUGGCCAUUCUGACUUGGUCAGGGCCAUGGUUCCUGCACGGCUGUUCUCAGCGAGCCCCCGGCCCCUGGGGCGCUGCGCUCUGCUUGUCCAGGCGCUCAGGCCCCCCGCCGCCGCCCGCCUGCUCUCUGCCAGCCGGCCCUGCUGCGACCAGCGCCAGGAUGCCCCCAGGAAGAAGGUGCUCUCGGAGAAGAAGCAGAAAAAGCAUUUUGUGGACUGUCGCCGAGUGCUCGUCCGAGGGGGACACGGAGGCAAUGGAGUGAGCUGCUUCCACAGCGAGCCCCGGAAAGAGUUUGGCGGCCCAGAUGGCGGCGACGGAGGCAGUGGUGGCCACGUCAUCCUUCGAGCGGACCGGCAGGUCAAGUCGCUGGCGUCCGUGCUGUCCCGGUACCAGGGUGUCGACGGGGAGCAUGGCGGCAGGAAGAACUGCUUCGGCCGAGGCGGAUCCGUCCUCUAUGUCAGGGUUCCUGUGGGCACCCUAGUGAAGGAGCGUGAGGAAGUGGUCGCUGACCUGGCGGCCGCGGGUGACGAGUACGUCGCUGCUCUGGGCGGUGCCGGAGGGAAGGGCAACCGCUUCUUCCUGGCCAACGACAACCGCGCGCCCGUCACGUGCACCCCCGGGCAGCCCGGCCAGGAGCGAGUCCUCUUCCUGGAGCUGAAGAUGGUGGCGCAUGCCGGGCUGGUGGGCUUCCCCAACGCCGGCAAGUCCUCGCUCCUCAGGGCCAUCUCCAACGCCCGGCCAGCCGUGGCCGCCUACCCGUUCACCACGCUCAAGCCCCAUGUGGGGAUUGUCCACUUCGAGGACCACCAGCAGGUCGCAGUGGCCGACAUCCCCGGGCUGGUGCGCGGGGCCCACCGGAACCGCGGGCUGGGCUGCGCCUUCCUGCGCCACAUCGAGCGCUGUGCGAUGCUGCUCUUCGUCCUGGACCUCUCUGUGCCGGAGCCGUGGGCACAGCUGGCCGACCUCCGGGCCGAGCUGGAGCAGUACGCCCAGGGCCUGUCACAGAGACCCCACGCCGUCAUCGCCAACAAGAUCGACCUGCCGCAGGCCCGGGCGCGGCUGCCAGUGCUGCAGGCCCGCCUGGGGCAUGCGGCCAUCGGCCUGUCUGCGAGCACCGGCGAGAACCUGGAGGAGCUGCUCCAGCGGCUGCAGCAGCUCUACAGCCGGCACGUGGCCGCCCCACCGGGCCUGCGCUGGUAGCGGCCUUCGGGACGGCAGCAGCUCGGGGCCAUCCACCCGCCGGCGCAGCCCAGACGCGUCACAGCCCAGUGCACCCAAUAUCCGAGGCGGGCGCAGGGCUGCUCCGGGCGUCCGGCCCGGGCCCUGAUUAACUUGCACAGCAGGUGCCGGGCGCUGUGAGGAGACGGGCCGUGCCACGCUGCCCUGGGGCUGGACUGGGCAGCAUCCAUCUCCGGACACUCACGGGGAACCUGCGCGGGCCCCUCUGCCAGAGCCUGCCGCCUUCCUGCCCCGAGUGCUCUGGAACGUUCCUUCUCCCCGAGCGGAGCCCCAGCCUCUACAUGUGCGUGUGCAGUCCCGUCCUCCUGGGUGGCAGGGGCGGGGACGAAGGUCCCGCAGGUUCCCCUGGGCCCGGGGGGCGGGGGGGUGGUGCCACAGCGCACGGUUUUGAUCUGGAGCCAGAGCAGGAAUCUUGC